AUGAAUGAUGACUUUGCAGCAUGGAUAUUCGGCUCGGAACUCUACUGUGGUGAAUAUGGAAUGGACGUUUGUCUAUCGGGCUCUGAUUUGAUGGCAGAAGAGACAAAUGGGGAUAUGAUGGAUCCAGAGCUCUUACAACUUCAGCAUGUGAGCUCUUUGUGGUUUACUAACGUCUGGAAGCCAUUGUCGAGCGAGACCCCCCAUUCAGUCACUGAAGGCCCGAUGCAAGGUGGAAGUGCAACACUCGAUGAACAGUAUCGGCAGAGCAUACGAAAAAAGCUACAUAUUUCUUCAUAUGAGCCCACAAUACCCUCGGCAGAUACGUUGAAUAUGUGUAUCCACUAUUAUUUUAUCAAGACACAACCGGUGUUUCCGAUCGUUCAUCGGGCCACUUUCACGCCAUGCAAAGCAAAGGCGAAUAUCAUAGUCGUGAUGUGCGCCUUUGGGAUUCUAUUCACUGGCUCUGAUCAUGGUUUGCAGCAGGGCCUUCAUUUUUUCGGACGAAUACAAAAGGCUUCACUACAAACCUGGGAGAAUUCUGUGGGCAAAAGUCGAGAGAUGAUAGUCUCAAUAAUUUACGGUGCAUCACUGGCCCAAGUAUUUGGAAUGCUAUCAGGUAGCGCAAAAACACUGCUCAAUGUCGACGCGUUCCAUGGACCACCAAUAGCAUGGGCUAGGAAUUUGAAACUUGACCAACCAACGGUCGAGAUCCUCAUUGAGCCCGACAUAGAAGGCACGCUACUCGAGGAACGGUGGCGAAGCUGGGCCCGUCGUCAAGAGAUCAUUCGCGUGAUACAUGCGCUAUACAUCGUUGACGCCGAACUUUCCAGCCUUUUACACCAUGAGCCCAUACAAAACUUUGAAUCCUACACUUUCUCCCCCACAUGCUCAGAGGCUGUGUUUAUGGCGCCGAACUCCAUCGACUGGAAGAAUAAACACCUAGCAGAGACUCACCAACUAAGGGGCCAGUCAUGCUCGUUUGAUGGUCGAAUUCUGUUAUCUGACCCGGAUAGCCUUCGGAAAAUCCCCGUACAUAGCCGAUUUACUGCCUAUGCCGUGCUAGAAGGUAUCAGCAUGCGAGUCAUUUCAUCGCGAAAAUCCUUCAUUCAGCAAGUCUCAGCCAGGGCGUUUGAUCAAUUCCUCACUGCAUUUUAUACCCGAUUCCUGGACCGUCGAGAACAGCAACCAAGACAUGACCCCCUUCAAUUGGAUAUUCUGUGGCAUCUUGUGUACAUGGAAACAUCUGCAGACUUCAACCUCCUGGAAAAGGCCAUCGGUCGUGAAGGCUCACGGCUAGACCCGGCCGAGCUUUCAACCAUCAUUGCCUGGGCAACUUCUCAAGAUGCCGAUCGAUCAAUACUCCAUGCAUCAAUGAUUCAGAAACAUGUUCAAGCCAUGAGUGUUGUCUCAGAAUUUGCGAUUCACGUUCCUCGCGCCCUCUUCUGGGCAGGUCUAGCGCUUAUCUGCUAUAUGCGCUUUGGGUCCAAACCUUAUACUUCACCGCACUCUUCGCCUCCAACCAGCCAUCGGUUCCCAGAGUUUGCCUUGCUUGCCAUGGAUGACUUGAUGCCUAUUACUGGGAUAGGUGAGCAUGGCUUUGAUGGUGCUUUCUCCCAAAAAACCCUCCUCUUCUCAAUUAUUGACCUACUUGACCGCAUUGGGCACUGGGAGCUUGCUCGCAAAUUUGCUAGUAUCCUAAGGGCUGCCACUGUGUUUGUAUCCGAUAAUCAUGAUAUCCGAGUUUAG